UUGCGUGACCUGUGGCGUAAUGCCACACACGAACUCGCUACGGCUGUUUAUACGCUGCGCGCUAUAGCUGCAUGGGAAUGUCAUGAUGUUACCCAUAAUGCCAUCCACACUGCGCACGGACAGGGUAUAAAAACCUACUGCGCAGCUCAUUUUUUCAGUACCGUAACCCGGGACAGACACAGUCAAAACACGUCACUAUGUACUACCAACCUUCCACCAAUCUUCUGCUUCUCUCACUCGCUGUCCUUGUUGGAGUUCAAGGCGUCAAUUCCGGGGAAGCCACGGAGUGGGUUGCCAAGGAUGACAAAGGGCAAGUCUGCAUGAAGAUCAAGUUUGAUGGAUUGAUCCUCUAUCAUGCCAAUAGCAAUUACAACACCUACUUCCAAGAUGCCGUAUUGAUCGACCCUAAGCCGAACUGCAAGCAAAGCGUGCGAACCAUAACAAUUGGAUUCGUCACUACUAUCGCGCCUCAACAACUUCAACUGACUUUUCAAAAACAGUCCCAAGGCUUCGUUUUCACUAGCAUCACCGCUAAGUGGUACUACUACGGAAUUGGGUCAGGAGGAGAAACAGAAAUAGUCGAAGAGACUGGCUCAAGAUCAAGCGAUAACUUCCUGCCAAAGUCCAUUCCGCUGGGGUGUUACUACUUUCAGGAUCAGUCGCUUUCCAUCCCAGUUGGUGACAACAGCUAUUCUGCAGAAAUGAAGAAUGUGACAUUCCAGCCGUUUGCAGAUUGCGCCAAGAACGACUACGGGAAUGACUUCUCGAGUGGAGAUUGCCAAGCCGACUGCUCGGGUUCGGGAGCGGCGCGUCCCGGAAAUGACGUCAUUUACAUUCUUCUUGCCGCUGUUGUGGGCGCUCUUUCAGUGAAGUUCGGGAAUUAAUUUUGAGAAGUCUUCAAGAAGAGCAAAGAACAGUUCACUUCGAUCGCUUUAAGGAAGCUGGCGGUUCUAAGUUCUAAUUCUGCGCGCGCACGAAAUUAAGGUACAUUGAUGGCAGGUAAUCUUCCCUAAGUGUUUUGCGAUACUUUAGUUUCCGUCACAAAGUAAACUGGGAACAGGUGGUCACUGAUACCUUGUGGAGGAGUCUCCAAGAACUAAGAAGCUACAAAAAAAUGGACUUCUUGCGAUGUUCAGUAAGAAAACAAAUGUAAUGUAGUUUGUUAAAGUGAUUUUGUUUUGCUUAAAAAUAUAACGAGAAUUUCAAUGCAUAUAAAUCAUUAGAAUUAACACAUAGACC